UCACAGCUGACAGCGGUUGCGCCAAUAAAGUCUUUCACUGCAAUUAAAGGGGAAAUUUUCAAAUUUUAUUUGAUUUUAUUUUGACUGCAGGUUGUUUUGGAAAUAAUUAUGUCGAAACACGAUCCGUAUGGAACACCGGCCAAACCAGAUAGCAAUUGCCGCACGUGCACAGAUUUUAAGUACUGGUCAAAACAACAACGGCAAAUAUUUCAUAAGGCGGAUACGUCAAAGGAAACCAAAACAGAAGCGAGUGAAGCUGCGCCAAAUGGUUGCCCAUUGGAUAAAGUGGCGUUAGGUCGCGCAACAUGGGGUCUACUACACACAAUGGCGGCAUUUUAUCAAGAUAAUCCCACUGACCAUCAAAAAAAAGAUAUCAAAACAUUUCUUGAAGUGUUGUCGCGCGUUUAUCCAUGUGAGCACUGCGCCAAGGAUUUCCGCAAGGAUCUCAAAGAUCAUCCUGCGCAAGUAAACUCACAAUAUGAAUUUUCGCAAUGGCUGUGCAAGUUCCACAAUCGGGUCAAUGUCAAGUUAGGCAAACCACAAUUUGACUGCUCUAAGGUUAAUGAACGAUGGAGAGAUGGCUGGCUAGACGGUUCAUGUGAUUAAAGUAUUCAUAUUCUCCUGUAAUUUCCAAUACCAGGUGGUGGGCUAACACAAACCAAAAAAUUAUAGAAGGCCCUAGUAUAAAGAGACAAAUGCCGUUAUUAUAAUCGUUUCAUAAUUGCAAUUAUGUAGAUUGUAAUCUACACUUAGAUAGUAAUGAAUAAACAAAUUGUAAAAUUAAAAUGUAAAGAUUUAAGCUGCCUAAUCUAAACGAAAAACUGUCUACAUUCAAAGAUGUGCUAUAUAUUUAUUUUAUAAAUGCUAUUUUACUUAAAGUAAGAAAUCUAAGUUUCACUGCAGAAAUAAGAAAUCAUGGAGUUUUUACCUGCGUGGUUUUUAUGUAUACUGAUUUGACCCAGAUAAUGAGAAUAUUAUGCAGCAGGAUUUUAACGUAACUUACCAUUUCGGCACACAAUUUUUAGAAGACUAACGUUAAAUCUAAUUAUUUCGGCCUAUGCUGAAUAUAUUCAGUAAAAGCGACGAAGCAGCCAUCGUCAGCCAUUUUACUGAUGCGCUGACGAUCGUCGACGAUUUUCGGUAUAGAGCCGAUUAUUAUUUUAGUUAGCAAAAUUUUCUCAUUUCACCGGAUUUAUCUGCAAAUUUCUACAAAGGCUUUUUGGGCUACAAUGUCAAAGUUACAUUAUUAGCAAAUUUAUUAUAAAGUUCGCAAAGAAAUGAACCGGCAAUGCAUAUAAUGGAUUAUUUUGGGCCUAAAAAUAAAUCACAUAUAAAUCCGCAUUCAAGUAAUGGAUUGUAACUUUGUCUUUGGAUAUUUGCCCUAAUUAUUUCGACUAAGUUCUUUGUAAACGAUAUAAAAUACUUCACAAAUCCUCAUACUUACCAAUGAGCCGAAAAAGAAAUUAAAAUUCCGCUAUAAACGGCCUUCUGUCACUUCAAUAGCAUAGCAUUAAAGGUUAACUAAAGUAUAUAUCGUCGUUUAAAGUACAAAACCGCGUAUCAACAAAAUCCAAAACC